AUGUCCGACGACUGGGCUACACAGGUUGAGCAACAAGCUUUGGCUGAGGUUCCUACCAUGGAAAUGCCUGAGGUGAAGCUUUUCGGCAAAUGGUCGUUGCAAGACGUGAAUGUUUCUGACAUUACCCUUGUUGACUACAUUGCCGUGAAGGAUAAAUGCGCCAAGUACCUCCCUCACUCGGCUGGACGUUACCAGGUCAUGCGAUUCCGCAAGGCUGGAUGUCCGAUUGUUGAACGUUUGUGCAACUCAAUGAUGAUGCACGGACGUAACAAUGGAAAGAAGCUGAUGACAGUGCGAAUUGUGAAGCAUGCAUUCGAAAUCAUUCACUUGCUAACUGGAGAGAAUCCGGUUCAAGUGCUUGUGAAUGCUGUCAUCAAUAGCGGUCCGCGUGAAGAUUCCACACGUAUCGGACGUGCAGGUACUGUGCGACGACAGGCUGUCGACGUGGCACCUUUGCGACGUGUCAACCAGGCUAUCUGGCUGCUGUGUACGGGUGCACGUGAGGCUGCUUUCCGAAAUAUCAAGACAAUCGCUGAGUGCCUAGCUGAUGAGCUCAUUAACGCUGCCAAAGGGUCGUCUAACAGCUAUGCCAUCAAGAAGAAGGACGAGCUGGAGCGUGUAGCAAAGUCUAACCGCUAA